AUGGAGUGCGAGUGGAAACCAGAUGAGCAAGGACUUCAGCAAAUUCUACAGCUUUUGAAAGAGUCCCAGUCUCCCGAUACGUCCACUCAAAGAUCCGUCCAGCAAGUAUCCUUCAAUCUCGGCUAACCGUGGAAGUGGUGGAUUUGAGGUGUUUCUGUGGUAGCGUGUGCGAUUAGCUUGGCUAACAUUAUACGCGGGCAGGGCUCGCGCUACAAUAUAGUUAGCAAGCUAGCUACUGUACAAUGUCACAAUUUGACUCACAAAUAUGACCGAAGUACAUUUUCUAUUGAAUUAGCCACAGUAUGAUGGAAAUGUCAUAAGUGACAGCUGUUGCAUGAUACCACAAUCUCUACCUAAUCCAUAAAUAAUUUCAACAAAUGUUUUCCCUGUGACAGUUUCAUAUAAUCUCAAAUCCUUUGAUUUCCCAGUAGUGUUGUUGAAAUAAUGUCGUGUUAUCUGGUAUGGUGUAACUAGCUAGCUGGGGUUGUUGCUGACCCUUGGGGCUUAAAUGCAACAAAGAAACUGCAAGCCCUAUGUUUAGAACGAGUCACCCCAGCCCCCUAUCGCCCUCAGUCUGAUUUCGAUUCUCUCCCCUGUCAUACAAUGUGAUGGUAAAAAGAAAGCUCAAAACAACGUUGUCGUUUUGUUGGAAACUUUUGUUGAACCGGAGUGUAGCAACGUGACUUUGUAGCCAGCCACACGCGCUUGUGAUGGGAUAAUGAAUCCGAUCCUCAUUGUUACAUUGUCAUAUUGUCAUAUUGUCAUCAUCGUACAAUACAGGUGUUACAGUAUCAAGGAGCAAUCAAAUCAUGAUUGUUGGUGUGUGCUUUCAAGACCUUGUUCGUUGUUGAUGUUGUGUUAUAACGUAUUUUUAUAGGCGACCUACCUUGUGUAGUGUUUGAGUGAUGCAAUAUUGUCCAUGUAUGUCAUACAGAUUAGAGUUCCUUCUGUCUAGUCAAGGCUUAGCACCGCUAGUCAAUGUUGUUGAAAUGCCAAGUGCUUCUAUUUGGAUAUACGGGCUCAAACUGCACAGCAUCUGCCUGUUGGGCAUCCUAUGUUAACUGUGACUGAUUUCUGAUAAUCAGUUAAUCAUGGUAUCAAUUGAUGGUCUCUCUCUAAAAAAAACAUUUCAUAAAAGUGGUGGAUGUGCUGACUAAGGGCGAGUAAACUGUAUGCUAUAAAAAUAGAGUCGCACACUCUAUAUACGAGCUACCAGUAAUUUAUUGGGUAAACCACCAACAUUUCGGCAUCACUGUGCCAUCUUCAUGUGUCAAGUGUUUGCAGGCCGUUUACCACUAAUGGCUGGUCAACGUCAACCUUUACAAACCGUUUGUUCUUGUGAAUACAGCACACAGCAUAUCUACUCCUAUGGUUGUGCAACCAAUGUAGAAUUGCACCUUAACCAAUAUCCUCUACAGAGACUGGAACAGCUCAACCAAUACCCAGACUUCAACAACUACUUGAUAUUCGUGCUGACGAAGUUGAAAUCAGAAGGUAGGAUAUUUACCCUUCCACCCUCAUUCUCCAUGUCAUAUUUACGCCAAAGCCCUGUAGCUAUGUUUUAAUUUCAAUGCAUAUUAGCACACAACACUACUGCAGGUUACAGUAUGGCCACUGGCCGUCACAGACAGGCUAAUCACGUCCACUAGCCAUCUCUCUCUGGUAGCAAGUGAGCCUAGGGGCGAGGUUACACACACAGGCUGACAACGUGGCUGUCUGUUCUAGGAGUGGAGAACCAUGACGAAGAACCCCACGGCCAAUAUCUUUUCACUGAUGAUGUGGGACCACACCGCACCACUAGAAUAUGGGUCACUCUAAUUUUAAAGUCUUAUGCCUGGCAGGGUGCCACUCAACUCCUGACCUGCCUGACAGCCUGUUACUGUACACUACAAGUAAAUGACCCAAUGGUUUGGGCUGAUGUGCCAUUUCCUUUUAGGAUGGCAUUUGUUACACUGCUCUGGGUCAAGAGAGGAGCAGCGGAAAUCAAAUUUGAGUGUAAUUUCAAUUAGAACGGAGGGAGACAUUGGAUCAGACAGCCAUGCCCACGAAGGAGAAUGAUCAGACCGUAAGAUACCACUGAUGCCCAUUGAUUAGACUGAAGGAAACGGAGGGAAACUAUCCCUCACUACCUAACACAAUCAUUAUGCUGAUUUGACCUUUGAUCAAACGGAAACACUGAGUACGUUUAAAUGCACAACAGGUUGAGAGCUUCAAGUUCCUUGGUGUCCACAUCACCAGCGAACUAUCAUGGUCCAAACACACUAAGACAGUCGUGAAGAGGGCACGACAAAGCCUAUUCCCCCUCAGGAGACUGAAAAGAUUUGGAAUGGGUCCUCAGAUCCUCAAAAAGUUAUAUAGCUGCACCAUCGAGAGCAUCCUGACUGGUUGCAUCACCGCCUGGUAUGGCAACUGCUCAGCCUCCGACCGCAAGGCACUACAGAGGGUAGUACGUACGGCCCAGUACAUCACUGGGGCCAAGCUUCCUGCCAUCCAGGACCUCUAUACCAGGCGGUGUCUGAGGAAGGCCCUCAAAAUUGUCAAAGACUCCAGCCACCCUAGUCAUAGACUGUUCUCUCUGCUACCGCACGGCAAGCGGUACCGGAGCGCCAAGUCUAGGUCCAAAAGGCUUCUCAACAGCUUCUACCCCCAAGCCAUAAGACUCCUGAACAGCUAAUUAUGGCUACCCGGACUAUUUGCACUGCCCCCCCCCCCCCCCCCCCCCCCUAUUUUUACCCUGCUGCUACUCUGUAAAUGUUUUAUGCAUAGUCACUUUAACUUUACCCACAUGUACAUAUUACCUCAACUAGCCAGUGCCCCCUGCACAUUGACUCUGCACUGGUACCCCCCUGUAUAUAUAGCCUCCAUACUGUUAUUUUAUUUGACUUCUGCUCUUUUUUUCUCAACACUUUUGUUGUUUUAUUUUACUUUUUUAUAAAAAAAAAAAAGCAUUGUUGGUUAAGGGCUGUAAGUAAGCAUUUCACGGUAAUGUCUACAUCUGUUGUAUUCGGCGCAUGUGGCAAAUAAAAUGUGAUUUGAUUUAAUAAUUCGAUAUUAUACCGAUUUAUGACACUAGGCAUAUUAUGCAAUAGUCAUGUAAACAUUUUACUCUGCUUAUCUUAAUCGGCGUAAUGUCAAAAUCGAAGUAAGCAUACGCCGAUUAAAACACCCGUUUUUCUGAGCAAGCUUUCUAAUUAUUAGGACAUGUAAACACCUUAAUCUGCGUCCCAUGACGUAUUUGAUCUGCGCAUGUGCUAGCACCAGCGACGUAUUUGAUCUGCGCAUGUGCUAGCACCAGCCGAACGAGCCUCCCUCCUUUAGCACGAGUGAAGUGAGUUUGGAACAACUGAAUGUAUGCGUCUGAGAAGUAGUUUUCACAUACAAACGUUAUAUGUCCGAGCUCAAAAUCAAAUAUGCUUCCCAGAAAUAACGUGGUUGCUGUGGUAGAACGUUUAUUUUGAUUGGCGAUUUUCUGCAUGUAUCAGAGUGCCAUCAGGUAGCCUGAUUUCAGAUGUGUGCAUGUAAACAGGAUUAUUAAGGAAAUUGUUCUUCUUGCAAAGCAUAUAAAUGUUUUAUUCAAACUAUUGUAUUAAUCUGACUAUCCACAAUAAUCACAUUAUUGUGUGCAUGUAACCGUACUUAAUGACGCUGAGGCCAUGACUUUGAUUGUAGUCCUAGUUGUUGUGCUACACCAAAAAGAGCAGGGUUUCCCAAACUCUGUCCUGGACCCCCCCGGCACUACACAGCUGAUUCAAAUAAUCAAAGCUUGAUGAUUUACAUUUACGUCAUUUAGCAGACUCUCUUAUCCAGAGCGACUUACAGUUAGUGAAUGCAUACAUUAUAUAUUUUUUCCUACCCCCUGUGGGAAUCGAACCCACAACCCUGGUGUUGCAAACGCCAUGCUCUAUCAACUGAGCUACACCCCUGCCGGCCAUUCCCUCCCUUACCCUGGACGACGCUGGGCCAAUUGCGCGCCGCCCCAUGGGUCUCCCGGUCGCGGCCGGCUACGACAGAGCCUGGAUACGAACCAGGAUCUCUAGUGGCACAGCUAGCACUGCGAUGCAGUGCCUUAGACCACUGCGCCACUCGGGAGACGCAGUGGUCUAAUGAGAUGAGUUGGUUAUUUGAACAGCUGUGUAGCGUUAAGGGUAUGGGAGUUUGUUGUUUGUUUGUUUUGGUUUUCUAGUAGUGUUCCAAUAUAACACAUGGCUAUACAGCAACACCCUUCUCAGUUUAGUAGUUUAACCUGUUUAUCUUUUAAUGUACUUAAUAGUGUAUUCAAGUAGUCUGCGCAGGACUGAUUUCUUCAUCCUGCACCUGCAGCUUUUCAUACUGCACCUUGCCUGCACUUUCUGUCCGAUUCCCACCUGUUCUACCGCAGUCCUGCAUUGUUUAUUUUAGGCGUAUGUGACCCAGCCAUGCUCCCAGCAAUUUUGUGCCCUAUAGGCAAUAUGAAAUGCGCAAAUAUAACUUAAGAAAUAGGUUAAAUUACCAGAGAUUCUCACGUGGCCCAUUUUAUAUUAGGCUAUAUGUGUUACUGGCUAUAUCAGCCAAUAUGCUAGAUGUAGUUUGAGGAGAGCAGAGUUGGAGAAACUUUCCCUUUCUCUUGAGCUAUUUUUAUAGCCUACCUUUUUAGUAGUGGGAAGAUUUUCAGACUGAGAAAUAUGGGACAAUGUAGUAAACUAUAGCCUAAUCAUAUUUAGGAAGUACAUUUCCUUGGAAAGAUAACUUCCCCGUGCCUCUCUGCCCAUGCAUAGGCUAUAGCCUACUCUAUUUAAUUGAGACAACACGCGCACCUGAUCUUGGGAUGGCUACUGAACUUAAAGCAGCAAGAAUGAUAACAGUGAUACUUGCUGCGUUUUGCAUAUAGGAUAUAGCCUGCCUUUUAGGAGGACAAUUUGCAGGCAGAGACAAAUAAAUGGGUAAUCAAUACUUAUUGAAAAUGAAAAGGAAUAACGCUCGCUCACCAUAGUAGCCUAACCUAUGCGCGUGUUGAGACGUUUCCUUUUCAAUGAUAAUCAUUACAUUUUUUGAUUGCACCUCGACUGACGUUGGUUGAGCACCCUCCACUUCUUUCCAUUAUCAAUAUGUAUUUGCAGACACUAGUAAACUACAGUCUAAUCAUAUUCAAGUUAAUUUAAUGUUAAAGUUUACCGCCACGUGAUUCUCUGCCCAUGUAGGCAGCCUACUCUAUUUCAAAGAGACGACACAUAGGCACGCUUGAACUCGCACGCCCAACUAGGAGAGGAGAGGUAGGCUACUGAAGUUGAAGCAACGAAUUCUGAGUGUGAAUAAUGUGAAAAAUGUGCUUUUAAUACAAUAUGUAGGCUAACGCAUACAGAGCAGGAAGUCUGCAGGACAACAAAAAUAUUUUCAAACCAAAGUCGUCUGUCUGACCUCCCGCCCGCAGCAUGAAAAAUGCUGACUGCGCCGCAAUGAUCAUUGUCGGGACCCGCAGGUCCCGCGGGCCCUCUAUAUUCAAGCUCCCCUCUAUUUAGACGCUAAUCAAAAGCAUUUAGAAGUUAGGCCAAGUUGCGGUAGGUAAUUAUAUUAACUCAAUUUUGGAGACAAAUUGGAAUUCGGUGUGAAUUGGGAAAAAUCUUCAUUGGAUGUUUAGGCCUAAUUCAGUUAUGCAAUUCAGCUCAUAGAGUAGUCAUUGACUUAAUUGAAAUGGAAUUGAGCUCUAAAAUCUACCGCCCAUUUCUCAUUGUAUCCACCCCACUCUCUCUCUCCAGAUGAGGCGACCCGCUCUCUGAGUGGUCUGAUCCUAAAGAACAAUGUGAAGGCCCACUACCAGAACUUCCCCAAUGGAGUGUCUGAUUUCAUUAAGAGCGAGUGUCUGCAGAACAUCGGAGACUCCUCGCCUCUCAUCCGGGCCACCGCGGGUAAGUGAAAUAUCCUGCAUUUGUGACAGAGUAUGUUGUCUUCAUUGAAUUACAGUGCACUCCUCUAGUAGUGAUCACAUCCGCGCUGGAUAAUUUGAUCCCUAUAACCACAUUCACUGUAAGCCGAGUGCACUGUAUAUCUGGUUAAAUAAAGGUUGAAUAAGCCAUACAGGGUCAGGUGUAGCCUGGUUCCAGAUCUGUUUGUGCUGUAUCCUACUUGUAUAUGUUUGGCAUGACAAUAGGAGUGUGCAACACAGCACAAACAGAUCUGGGACCAGGCUAGGUCAAGAGGCAGACCAGACUAGAUCAGACCAGAUCAAGACAGUCUUGGUUGUUUAAAUUCUACACUGUUUGCUCCUUCAAUGAUGCAUAAGCAAAUCCCUUUUUCACAAGCACUUAAUAAUAUGAAGAUAUCAUGUUUGUAUGGCUUGCCCACCUGUUGAUCAGGUUAGUUUAACAGGAAAUUAAUUGCAUUGCGUUUUAAUUGCAUUUUAUUGCGUGUCAGUCAUCUUGUACCAAAAGGCAAGCUGCUACAGUGGACUAGUUUUAUGGCUGUCCAUCAGGCUUUAGCGUGGGGUUCAUUUUAAACUGUACCCUAGCAUGACAUAUUCAGGUUAUUCUUCUCCACCUGUGUAAUUGACCUGAAACCUUGUUAGUAAUUCUCGCUGGUGUCUGGCUGCAUUUUUUUUUCUGAAGCUUUUGAUUGGCCAGCUGGCCUGUUGAAAUAGCCAAUGGGGUUUGCAUGGUGUCCUCCUUAUCAGAGCCAGCAGGCAGCAGACGGUGCCAGGGCUCUGUUGCCACAGUUACCAAACAUCUGACAGAAACGUACAAACAGGAGUGUGUGUGAAUCACCUUUUAUAAACUGACUCAGUGCAGGAUAUUGGCUCUGCCAAUCCUGAUGACGAUGAAGCAAUGGGGUUAAUUGGAAAGCCUCAGAGUCAUGGCUUCCAAGCCAAGCAUGGAGAUUGUUAUAAGGAAGAUUUGAUUGCUUGUAGAAUUGCUUCCAGGAGACCUGUCUCAUCUCUCGCUCUCCUGUGCUAGGUAUCCUCAUCACCACCAUCGCCUCCAAAGGGGAGCUGCAGAACUGGCCCGAGCUGCUGCCCAAACUCUGCCUUCUGCUGGACUCUGAGGACUACAACACCUGUGAGGUGAGGAAUUAGACAAGAAUAGGACAGGAGAUGCUGCGUCUGAGCUCAGCUAUACAUCUAUACUCUGUACAGCUAUACUCUAUACCCCUCAAACUCAACUCUGGACCGCGAAGCCAGUUCCACUGCAUUUUUUAAUUGUUUCCCUCUAAUCAGGGACUGAUUUAGACAUCGGACACCAGGUGUUGAGUACCCCUGCUCUAUACAGCUAUACUCUAUACAGCUAUACUCCAUACCAGGGUUUCCCAAACUCGGCCCUGCCCCCCCCCCCCCCCCCUCCCCCGCGUGCACGUUUUGGUGUUUGCCCUGGAACUACACAGCUGAUACAAAUAAUCAAAGCUUGAUGAUGAGUUGGUUAUUUGAAUCAGCUGUGUAGUACUAUGGCAAAAACCAAAAUGUGCACACAGGGGAGCCCCAGGACCAAGUUUGGGAAACCCUGCUCUAUACAGCUAUACAUCGAUACAGCUAUACAUCGAUACAUCUAUACUCUAUACAGCUAUACAUCUAUUAAGCUACAGUGCAUUCGGAAAGUAUUCAGACCCCUUGACUUUUUCCACAUUUUGUUACGUUACAGCCUUAUUCUAAAAUGGAUUAAAUUGUUUUUUUCCUUCUCAUCAAUCUACACACAAUACCCCAUAAUGACAAAGCAAAAACAGGUUUUUAGAAACGUUUACAUAAGUAUUCAGACCUUUUACUCAGUACUUAGUUGAAGCACCGUUGGCAGCGAUUACAGCCUCGACUCUUCUUGGUUAUGACGCUACAAGCUUAGCACCUGUAUUUGGGGAGUUUCUCCCAUUCUUCUCUGAAGAUCCUCUCAAGCUCUGUCAGGUUGCAUGGGGAGCGUCGCUGCACAGCUAUUUUCAGGUCUUUCCAGAGAUGUUAGAUUGGGUUCAAGUCUGGGCUCUGGCUGGGCCACUGAAGAACAUUCAGAGACUUGUCCCGAAGCCACUCCUGCGUUGUCUUGGCUGUGUGCUUAGGGUCAUUGUCAUGUUGGAAGGUGAACCUUCGCCCCAGUCUGAGGUCCUGAGCGCUCUCCAAUGAAGUUGUAGAAACAUGUCAAGGAUGAUCAAAUGAAACAGGAUGCACCGGAGUUCAAUUUCGAGUCUCAUAACAAAGGGUCUGAAUACUUAUGUAAAAAAGGUAUUUCUGUUUUUGCUUUGUCAUUAUGGGGUAUUGUUUAGAUUGCUGAGGAUUAUUAUUUUUUAAAUCUAUUUUAGAAUAAGGCUGUACCGUAACCCAAUAUGGAAAAAGUCAAGGGGUCUGAAUACUUUUCCGAAUGCACUGUAUAGUCUAUACAACUGUACAUCUAUACCGUAUACAGCUAUACAUCUAUACCAGGGUCUCCGUUAGCCGGUAAAUGCCGGCUUUUGGCCCCAAAAAAUAAAUGAAAAGCCGAUUUUAAAUAAAAUUGUUGUCGGGCAAAUUGUCUGGGAGAAAGAAAAAAUCCAUAGCAAAAUAAUGCUUUUUAUUCAUUGAUGGAAAUACCAGUCGAUGUGCUCCAACUUCAAAGGCAAAUAUAGGCUACUUCAUAGGCUAAUAAAUCCUCAAGCUUGCUUGGAAAUUAGUGUUGGGUGUGUGUUUCUAUUUUUACUAAUGCAAAAGACACGAGGUCUUCAUUAGUGUAUCCUGACUGGGCAAAAUUGGCGAAGAUUGUGUUUAUUAUUCCAUUUUCCAGUGUACCUGCCGAGAGGGGAUUCUUUCUCCAAGUAAAGACGGCCUCAAGAUCGCGCCUUCUUCAGGACAAAGUAAUGAGGCUGAAGCGCAUCGUAAGCUGCUCCAAGGCUUUGAGCAGGCCAAGGUCCAA